CCAAAACUCAAACUAGGCGGGAGAUACACGGCAGUUAGUGACACAAGCUGUACUGAGUAAAUAGGAUGGCUACCCCACCGAAAAGAAUCUGCACGGACCUUCUCCCAUCUCCUACCUCCUCACCAGGCAGGGGCAGCAAGGUCAAGAGGAUCUCCAUAGAGGGCAAUAUUGCUGCAGGCAAAUCUACGUUCGUUAAUAUUCUGAAGAAAACCAACGAGGAAUGGGAAGUUGUUCCUGAACCCAUAGCAAGAUGGUGCAAUGUCCAAAGCCACCAGGAUGAAUUUGAGGAGCUAACAACCUCUCAGAAGAGCGGUGGCAACCUUUUACAGAUGAUGUAUGAAAAGCCAGAGCGGUGGUCCUUCACUUUCCAGUCAUACGCCUGCCUGAGUCGCAUCAGGGCUCAACUCAAAGCUUUUGGGGGAAAGCUAAAAGAAGCAGAAAAUCCUGUGCUCUUUUUUGAACGCUCUGUGUAUAGUGAUAGGUAUAUUUUUGCAUCCAAUCUGUAUGAGGCAGAGUGCUUGAAUGACACUGAGUGGACUGUUUACCAGGACUGGCACGAAUGGAUGAAUAACCAGUUUGGAGCUGAUCUUCAAUUAGAUGGAAUCGUUUAUCUCCGAGCCACACCAGAGAAAUGUUUAAACCGUAUUUACUCCCGUGGGAGGGAAGAAGAGCAAGGGAUUCCCAUGGAGUACCUUGAGAAGCUUCACUUCAAGCAUGAGAGCUGGCUUCAUCACAGGACCAUGAGGAUGGACUACGAUUACUUGCAAGAAAUCCCCAUUCUAACUUUGGAUGUCAAUGAAGAUUUUAAGGAUGACCGACAAAAGCAAGAAAAUCUUAUCGAAAAGGUUAAAGAAUUCUUGAGCACUUUAUAGCGUUCUGAAGAAUGAUCGCUGAGUGCCUGUUUUAGAAUAUUGAAGUCCACUGGCUCAAAGGAUUUUAGAGAUGUGUACAACAAAAACGGCAAACUCAAUUG